CAAUGCGCGACUCCUCGUACCAGUACAAAUACGGCGGGCACAGGCACUAGACGUUACGUGCAGCGCAGUGCUCAUGGCUCCUCGUCCCCCACUCGUCUGGAUUCGCGGCGGCCUCUUCCUCCUCCUCGCCGUCGUGCUCGCCCAGCUCGGCGCGCUCUCCGGCGAGACGCUCCGCGGCUCCGUCGCCUGCCUCGACUGCGCCGCCGGCCACGACCUCUCCGGUGUGGUGGUGGCGGUGCAAUGCCGCGGCGUCGAGGGUGACAGCGCGGGGCUGCACGCGGCGCAGACGGACGGCGGCGGCAGCUUCGGCGUGGCGAUGCCGGAGGCGCCGGACGUUUCGCGGUGCGCGGCGAGGGUCCUCGGGGGCACGGAGCAGCUCUGCGCGCCGAAGAGCCUCACGGUCGCGCGCAUCGUCGCCGGGCGGGAGCCUGGCUCGUACGCGCUGGGAUCACGCCUCGCCGUAUUCACGAGGUGCGGAGCCCUCGCGGCGACGAUGGCCGCCACCGGCGGCGGCGGCGACAAGCAGCCAACCCCGACGCCUGCACCGCGGUUGCCCAGCCCGCCGGCGAUGUCUGCACCACGCAUUGGGCGCAGCAGCCCGCCCUACGGCCUGGGAAUCCCUCUCAUCUACGUCUUCCCUUUCAUCCCAAUCAUCGGCAUCCCCUGAUGAGUGAACCAAAGGCUGAACGCAGCCUUGUGCUUGCAGUGUUCUUAGCAUUUUGUUAUUUCCUUUCAGCCAAGUUUGCAGCAAUCUACUCUUACAAUUCUGUUGAUUUUCUUGCACCCAAGUUUGCUGUAACCGUUAGUUAUGGACGUCAGUGAUGUUCCAGUAUGCAUGUAAACAGCGAGCAAUAAUGCGUGAGUAUUUGUUCCCCAAAA